GAAGGUUCAAAUCCAGUAGGGGUUGGCAGACCAGUGGGCAACAGCUGGUUCUCAAAACUGUUCUCCCCACUGGAGACUCCUGAUUAUAAAAAGACAGUGGCUUGUGUUUGACAGAAUUACAUAAACUGACUGUGGAAGAUCUGAGUCUGUUUUUUGUGGAGAAAAAGCAGGCCUUUGAGAGAAGGCAUGGCCACUGGGGAGCCGUCUUCCCAGUCUAAGGGCCACAGUCCACAGCCUAUCUCUCCAGGAUAUGCCCUGGAGGUAGUGAUAGUGGAUGAUGAGAUCCCAGGACAAUCAGGCCAGUGGGAAGUACCCAGUCUUCUACCUUGGGGCUGUGUUCAGAAGAGGAAGAGAGACUGGUCCUCAGUGUCUGAAGACAAGGUGCAGGAGGACCCACUUGAGGUCAGCGAUGGAGUCGCUGGAGUAGCAGCACCCAAUAUCAUGCAUCAGAGGCCUGACUGGAAGAAGCAGAGGGACUCUUCUUGUUCAGAGUUGGAAGCAGAGGCAGAACAGAAGGAAGACAUCAGGCUGCUCCCUCGCAAGAGGUGGAGAGAAUACCUGUCCCUGUUCAUUGAUGAGCCACAGGAGCCAUCACAACAAUUAAGCCCUGCACCCUCUACACACAUGGGUGUCACAGAGAAGCUUUGUGGCCUCAAGAAGAAAAGGAAGAUGAAGCACCUGUCCUCAGUGCUCCCUGAGCACCACGCAGCCUUCACUAGACUGUUGGAGGAUCCUGUUGUCAAAAGAUUCCUGGCUUGGGACAUGAACCUGAGAGCAUCUGAUAAGUACCUCCUGGACAUUGUCAUCACCUACUUUAGCCGUGCUGGCCUCUUUCCUUGGCAGUACCAGAGGGUUCACUUUUUCUUGUCACUUUACCUGGCCAAUGACAUGGAGGAAGACAGUAAGCUACAAAAACUGGACAUGUUGUUCUUCCUGUAUGGGAGGAACUUGGCCCAGAUUCCCAAAUUCCAAAAGCUGCACUAUGAAUUCAUCUGCUGCAUGGGCUGGAACCUGAGGGUGACUCAAGAAGAGUGUGAAGAGAUCCAAGCUUACAAUCCUGGGCUCUGGGUAUGGAGGAGAGAUCUCAAAGUCAUUCAGGGAAACCUGGAGCUCUGAGGACAUUGGUGGCAGAAAGAUUUCUGGGCCUACGGGGGCAAUGAAACAGAAUCACCACAGGAUAUUCUCUGGAGCUGGAAAACCCGUGGGGGGGCAGGAACCAGUUUUUCCCUGUUACCUUCUAAAUUUUACCUUUUUCUGUUACCUUCUAAAUUCAAGUUUCUGCUUAAUUCCAAGACAAGACAUCUGUUAAUUUUAUAUACUUUCUACCUCAUUUAUUUGACAGUAUUUCAGAGUUACCUGUAGAGUGUCAGAUUGGAAGAAACUACUUAAA